CAAUCACUAUACAUAAAUGGCAAAGAGAGAAUACUUUUGGGGCAUUUACAGAGUGCAGAGCAUUCUUGCAGCAAGUCUUCUUCGCAAUAGAUCAUCUUGCGCUACUCACUUGUCAAAUGGUCGUCCAGGACGUGAGGUUUCAGCUAUGACAGUAGUAUCGAAUACAAUUGGGCCUCGUGCUUAUCCGACCAAUAAUGCAUUAGGCUUGCGGUUAUUUAGCAGCACCAGCAACAAACCAUGUACAAAACUUGAGCAACCACUGCCUGCUACAACUUCUAGGCAGACCAUCUCUACUUGGGUAAGAUGGAUUUUCGGCUCGCUUUUGUCAAUUUUGAUCCCCUUUUGGACGCACAAGUACUGGAGAAAUCUGCAAAUGAUUGAAGGGGAGGCAGAGGUGGUGAUGGAAGAAGUUGACAAUGUAGCAAAAGAUGUAGAAAGAGUGGCAACUGUGGCUGAGAAGGUGUCAGCCGAUGUAGCAGAAAAACUUCCAACUCAUACAAAACUAAAGCAAAUUGCUUUGCUAAUUGAACGCGUAUCCGAACUGGCUGCUCAAGAUGCUCAACUAACACAACAAUUUAUUCACAAGGUGGAUGCACUGAAGGAAGACUUGGAAGACUUGGAGAAACUAGUGAAGCCAGCUGUUAAUAAGAUUGAAAACUAUGAAUUCCAAGGAAACUACUCACCAGCUCAAUUAAAAGAGCAAAAUUAA